GUUUCAUUUGCUUCGAGACCUUUGAUCGAGGCGAACAAGCUGUUACCACGUACUGGACCUUAAUAAGUCCCUUCCUGACAUAUGGUACUUGACAUGACCUGUCAGUUGAGUGAAACAUCAUAUCAACCUGAUAGCGACUCCGAAUCGAUAUCGCGAUUUAUGAGGAUUUGAACGUUCGGACGACCUUUACAGUCAUGUACCCGAAUGCAUCGCGCUCUCGCAAUCACCGAGUUGCUCAUUCACAUUCUCUGCGAGGUGUACAAUGAUGACGAGGGACUCAACCUCCGCCGGGGCAUCAAGGACAUGGCUAGGGUUUCUCAGGUCUGCAAGACUUUCCGAGACCCUGCAUUGGAUUUCCUUUGGAGAAAUCUCGACAGCCUGCUCCCGCUUCUUCGGCUGCUUCCUCUUGAAAUUCACGAAGAGCAUGGUGAUAAAGCUCGGCUUUCAAAGGUUCUUGGGGACCUGAAGUCGUCAGAGCACCAGCGUUAUAUCUCAAUAUCCAGCCGCGUUCGCACUCUAUCCUUUUCGGAGCCUCGCGAGCCUAUCCCUCGCAAUUUAAUAAACGACAUUGUCAAGCACAAUCUCUUCUUGACUCCUCGCGUAGAUGUCCUCCGCCUUCGCAUAUCGUCCGAGGCCGGCCUCCGUCUUCUCCCAGCCCUUAUCACACCCGAAUUGACCGACAUUUCCCUCUCUUUUGACGAAAAUUUAUAUGUUUUCGAUCGCCCGCUAGACCUGGGCGACCUCAUCAAGUCGGUGUACAUGACUAUUUUUCGGUAUGCGCCCAAGCUUGUACACUUCUCUGCAGUUGAUUUGCACGAAGCACUGCCGUUGUUGUCACUUACUAAGGCCCCGAAUCAAGAUCAUCUGGAUAUAGCAUGUCUUCAAAGCCUAACACAUGCAUCAUUUUACAUAACUGCCGCUUCCUUGCCCCAAGUCCUCAAUCUAACGUCACAGCUUUGCAAGCUAGAGGACCUGACUAUUCAGGCUUGCGAGAAACCUUUCGAAGAAAUUCCCCGCCUCUCCUCCCUCGCCCCAGAGACAUUCAGCUCGCUGAAGAACGUCACGUUUGAUGGCUCUCCCGAUAUCAUCAGUCGCAUAUUCUCUGCAUUCCCAGCUAAUCGCGCCAUCCAAUCCGCGAUUCUACGGAUGCACGGUCUUUACACCAAUGCCGAUAUUGCACUAGUACUCCUAGGGUUAGUCGCAACCGCGUCCAGGGAGUCGUUACAGAAGAUUAUAAUGACUUCUGUGCUUUCAAACACCGACCUUGCACACUGGGAUGCUGAUUCGGGAAUCGACACUCGCCAAUUCAUACUAGACAUACACGCCAUUGAGCCCGCCCUGCAGUUCCAGAAUCUCGAGAUAUUUUCGGUCUGUCUCGGUAUUCCACUCUAUCUCACAGACGAAGACCAUUUGCGCAUCGCGCAGACAUGGCGCUCUGUGCGGCUACUAUACCUGUCGUCGAUCGUCCAGCGUGUUGUCUGGACCCACAAACCUCCAGCCGGCAUUGCGUCCCUGGUGCACUAUGCACGAUAUUGUCGCCACUUGAAAGCGCUUGGGUUGUGCCUCGAUGCAUCUACGAAAGCCAGUAUCGAUGCAUGCAUACAGGCCGUGGACGCCUGCGAGAAUAUUUCAGGAACAAACCUCAGCCUCUCAUCCCCCUCAAUCCAGAUGAUCGAGUUUGGUCCUUCGUGGCUGGAGUGCAACUUCGACCCUGUGCAAAUCAACUCUCUAGCCAAAGCGUUCACCAGGCUUUUUUCCAACCUAGCUGCGUGUCGCGCGUGCCGGACGGAGGAGCUUGGGGUGCCGCAGGCUGCGUGGACCUGGAUGAAAGUGCAGACAUUGUACGAAUACAUCCUCUUUACGGAACAGGGCUGCAACGUAAAUACCCCACGGAGCGCGUGGAAGUUGAGGCUGUUUUCCAAGUGGACCUCGGACUACGGAAAAGAUUAUGAGAAGGUGGCCCUGGCGGCACCUGGUUCAUCCUUGAAAGCUGAUUUCGAUGAUGAUCAGAAUGCGGAAGCGUUCAAUCAGAUCAUGUACAAGACAGCAAGGGACGAACUUGCGAGGAUAUCCAAAGAGCAUGAGGUCAUGUGAACAACACCCGCAGAGUCUAGGAUGUCAUAUAUGUCGCCAAUGUAGUCUUCAUCUACCCAUGACAACCGAAGUGCGGGUCAUUUUGGGAGCACAUGAGGAUCCAUGCCUGGUGACCACUGUAUUAGUUAUCUGGGGCCAUAGAACAGAAUUCCCUUGUGAUUGUG